CUGGAGAGGAGGUCACCUGCUUGCUGUCGUGUGCUUCCACGCCGCUGCGGGUUCUCUUCCUCGACAUCACCGCAAGCUCCAUCGACUGUUUCAAACCUGAGUUUUCUGUUUAUUCACACACAAGAUGGCGGUGGAAUUAACGUCCAUCAAGCUCAACCCUGAGAAUCACCUCCUCUUGGACCAACCCCUUCUCCGUGUACCGCAUGAACUUGCUCGACGAAAUUUCAAAUCAGUUCAACGGAUCGUCGAACGAGAGAAAGAUUAUGUUCUACCAGCCCUAAAAGAAACCGCAAAUGCGUCCUUGUCCGGAAGCAAGAAUCCGACCGAGACCAUUGAAGCUUUGGAUGCGAUGAUAACACGAAUGCAAGGCCUCAAACGGAAAAUGGAGGUCCUGCAUGAGGAGGAGAAAAAGAUCGCUACGCAGUCGCAGAAGCGGAUACAGUACAUUCAGGAUCUCUACAAAAUUCCAAGUCUCGCUGACGUCAAAUACGAACAAUGGUCGAGAACACGUCUGAACAGACUUCUGGCCGAUCAUAUGCUCCGCUCUGGAUAUUUAGAAAGUGCCAAGCAGCUUGCUGAGGACAAGGGAAUUGCAGAUCUUGUCGACCUAAGCGUCUUUGCUCAGUGCCAGCGGAUUGCGCAUAGUCUUCGGCGAGGCGAGACCAAGGAGGCACUCCAAUGGUGCGGGGAAAACAAAGUUGCUUUGAAAAAGAUUCAGAACCGACUGGAGUUCGAGUUAAGGUUACAGCAGUAUAUCGAGGUGCUUCGGGUGGGAGAUAAGGCAGAGGCAAGACAACAUGCGAAGAAGUUCCUCACGCCGCAUAGCGAAACCCAAUCACACGACAUUCAAAGAGCAGCAGGUCUUUUAGCCUACCCUCCUGAUACUCGGGCUGAACCAUACAUGAGUAUGUACUCCCUCGAGCGCUGGAAGCAUCUUUCAGACCUCUUCAUUCGUACACACCACGACCUUCUAUCACUCUCCUCUCGCCCACUCCUCCAAAUCGCUCUUUCCGCCGGUCUUUCCGCCCUCAAAACACCAUCGUGUCACUCCGCGAUAGCUUCCUCCAGAGCCAGUCCACUUUCUUUGAGCACUUCGAUUUGUCCCAUUUGCUCGACUGAGCUGAAUGAAUUGGCACGACAUGUACCCUAUGCCCAUCACACCAAAAGUUCAGUUGAGAAUGACCCCGUUGUGCUUCCAAAUCGCAGAGUAUAUGGCAUGGAUCGCCUAUCAGAUAUGAGCAAGAAAGCGGGUGUUCCCGAAGGAAAAGUUAAAGAUCCUAUAACCGGUGAAAUUUUUGAUGUGUCUGAGGUGAAAAAGGUAUAUAUAUCAUGAGGUACUAUGGCCAUUUCAUUACUACAUGCAAGGAGUUGGGGGAUGGGGAAACUGGAAGGAAUUGAUAUACGGACGCGUAAUAUCCACCCCGGGAUUUUGAAUAUUCAUUAUUGAAAGUUGAUGGUAUAUAGCUAGGCUUUGUUCUUAUAUCCACUCCAAAUUACACAAUUCAUUAUUCAAUCAUCAUCGCUAUCAUCACUCUCAUUCUUCCUUUUUCUCGUCCUCUUGCCAGCGACCUUUGCUCGAUCUUCGAAUUCUUUGCGCUCAAAUACAUAGCUUCUAGCCUCUCUCUCCUCUCCCCUCCAUCCCCCCCUCUCUCCGUCCUUUCCUUCGAUUUCUCCAAGCGUUCUUGAAUGGGAAUAACCCGGAUAACUACCCCACGGAAAUUUAAAACUUGUUACCACUCUCAGCCCAGCAUGCCGUGCAAGAUCUCGAAUAUUCCACAGCGUAUACGGCUCGCCUUCAAAUAGGGUGACAAUAACCUGUCCAGGUUCAGAGCGUAGCUUUCGACUCUUCGACGGAUUCUCGCCGCUAUCCGAGGCAUCGCUCAGACCUUCAUCUUCCUCCUCCCAGUCAUUACCAUCAUCGUCCAGAGGUGGUGCAGAGAGAAGUGGAACACACGCUUUAAAGAAUGAAACAAGAAGCUCCUGGUUUGCGCGGACCUGCCGAUUUACAUCCGUGCUCAGGCCGCCAACGUGUGGAAAAUUGAAACAUAUGAUGUCCCACGGCCCGCUUUCAUCUAUUUCGCGGGAUUUUCCAGCUUCUGGCUUUGAGUGUUUGUGCGGCUGUCCCCUUAUUUUGCGGGUGAGGCGCGGAAACCCCUUUCGAACAACUUUUCCGCCACCGCCAGUGA